CAGCGAACGACCCUUACGCCAACUCGAUCCCCCAGCGUCGCGUCCCCCCAUAUCUUCAACGCGAACGAGGAGGAGGCGCCAUGAACGCUCUCCGCUGUCUACGGGCAGUCGCCCGUCCCUCUGCGGCACCUGCAAGCCUCCUCACGCCCGCCGCAACCUCACGAUUCUCGAUGCCCUCCUCAGCGCGCUCGAUUUCCCUUCUUGCCCCCCGCCGACCAAUGCUCCAAAACCCAGCAACGGGCUUCACGCUCCCUACACCAGGCUCCGCAACCUCCCCGGCGAUACCCUCCGCUGAGGCCCUGGAUCUCGCGUCAAAGAUCUCUGCACACCCUGCCAUUGGCUCCAUGCAAAUUCGAUGCGGUCCUCGCGACACGUACAACCCCAGCCACUUGGUGCGAAAGAGGAGACAUGGGUUCUUGAGCAGGAUACGAACGAAGAAGGGCCGGAAGCUAUUGAUGCGGAGGCUGAAGAAGGGACGGUGGAAUUUGAGCCAUUAAGAGACGGGUUACAUUGGUAUAGCAUGAGUGGUGGUGGUGGUGUGUGUGUGUAAAUGUACGUGAGCGGAGAAGACCUUGUAUACUAGGGAUCGCGUCGAAGAAGGCAGAGACCUUUGAGACCUCUGACUGCUCGGACUGUUGUCUAGCGGCGCAGUCAGCUGCGAGAGAUCUUGCAAUUGGUUCGCAGAGUACGGCAAGAAAGUGACUGGCCAUAGGCUUGCCUGUCAAUGUAGACAUAUUGUACAACAUGGAAAGUAUCCAUCAUAUGGUCACACAUUCGAAAUUAGCCUCUGUUGACAAGGCCAAC